AUGGAAGAGGAGGAGGAGAGGACAACACACAAGGAGGAGGAGGACAGGAGAACACAUGAGGAGGAGGACAGGAGAAGACAGGAGGAGGAGGACAGGAGAACACACGAGGAGGAGGACAGGAGAACACACGAGGAGGAGGACAGGAGAACACACGAGGAGGAGGACAGGAGAACACACGAGGAGGAGGACAGGAGAACACACGAGGAGGAGGACAGGAGAACACACGAGGAGGAGGACAGGAGAACACAUGAGGAGGAGGACAGGAGAACACACGAGGAGGAGGACAGGAGAACACACGAGGAGGACAGGAGAAGACAGGAGGAGGAGGACAGGAGAAGACAGGAGGAGGUGAGGAGGACACAUGAGGAGGAGAAAAGACAGGAGGAGAUGAGGGGAGCACAUGAGGAGACGAGAAGACAGGAGGAGGUGAGGAGAGCUCAUGAGUUGGAGACGAGAAGACGGGAGGAGGAGGCGGAGGAAGAAAGGUCGAAACUGGAGAGGAGACUGAAGGCGUUUCAGCAGGCAAAGGACAGCUGGACGGAGGGGUUCAAGAGACAAGCGCAGGAGCACUGCAGAAAGACUUUAUGUCCUCAAUGA